AUGGAUCGAAAAGAGGAGACGACGCGUCUCGCGAGCGCACUGGCACUCCGGAAUACGACAGGCGUAUGUGCUCUGGUUAAGAUAGACACGCAGACAGGCGAGCAUACAUAUGCACGCGCACGCACGCACGCACAAGUGCACGCACAUGCCUUUACAACACAGAACACAAACAUUCCUAAAUACUUUUUGUACAGGGAACGCACCCACAUACGCACAUCAUGCCAUACAUUCGUGGGCGGAACAGCUGAUGGAUCCAACCAACAACUGAGUGGCAAGCAAUCUUCGGAGGUGGAGCAGUGCGCGCAGGGCGGGGUAUGCAAGUUAACGUUGCGGAAGCUUGCAGUCACGCGAGCGGUUGUCGCAGACUCCUCCCCUUUCCCAUUUACAGUUGAUGCACUGCACUACAAGCGACACAUGCACUGCAUGUUCAAGAUGCACCAAUCAAAAGGUAUUCCGAAGAGCAGCGACAUAUAG